CUAAGCACCAAUGGAGCUGGCGCACGAGAAUUCGCCCGCGUUGUAAGAAGAAAAAGGCGUCGACUUCAGCGAUAAAGGGCCGUGUUCUGUCGUGAGAAAGUCUGAUUCACAACUUUGGGUAAAGAUCCUGCCGAAACGCCAUCUGGCCGAAUACUGAGAACAAUAAGUGGUUACUAGACUGGUUGGUUAAAUCAAUAACUAGGAGGAAACCGAUCGGCUCAGUCACUUCUCUUAUUUCUCCUUUUUUUUCCCCCUUUUUCUUCACUGGAUAGACCAAGGUUGAUGGAAUUCGGUUAUGAUUUUCUUACCACUGGUCUGUACCACUAUACCUACUCGACUAUCAUCGUCGACUAUUUCCCACCCACCCUGUAUUACUGAACGGUGUUUGUCUUCUUCUUUUCUUCCAUUAGUGUACUUGGCCUCUCUGUUUUUCACUUUCAAUUUUUCUUUCUGGGUUUGGGGAGAGGCUAGCAGCCGUGGUUUUCCAAGCAUGAUGGCGUUUUGGAUGGUACAAAAUGGCGUAAAAAGGGAAGGGAAGGGUACGGUAAACAGGCUGGUGACUACUACUGAUUCUAGGUUUAAAGAGGAGGCAGGUUAUCCGUCAGGUUUUAUCGCGGUUAUGGUUUGGGAUAUCGUUACUUUGGAGUAUCACGAGUUAGGCGACAGUACUAAGUACCGAAUCUAUAUCUUACUGUGGUUCCGAGCAAAAGAAAAACCCCCCUGCCAGGUACCUGGCACGGACCACCACGGCCAAAAUUUCGGGGUUGUGUAAGGUUCGGUACUUACCCCGCCUAUUAAACUUACCCAUAACACCAAGUAUGUGGCUCUAUUCCAUGAUACAAUGGGCACUGAUAUGACUUACAUCGUUCUCCUUCACGCUCGAAAUUUAGCAAGGAGUGUCAUUAGUGCGGUUCCUUAACACAUCCGUGAUGCUCCAAGUCCAC